AUGGUACUCACUUCUUCCGCCGCACACGAAGCCGAGCGCCGACUGAAGUGGUACGAGCAACAUAAAAUCCGGACCACCACGCCGAGCCUAUCCGAGUCGUAUCGAAAAUAUCUCGAAGAAGAAGGAGCUUUUGCAUCAUUACCCAAAACCACGACGGACGCUCUCUUACCCUUAUAUAUAUCCACACUGAAUGACCUUACUCCCAUCACAGAUGGCGCCGCCGUCUUCCGCGACCACAGUAACGGACAAGCAUCCAUCUACUUGGUCAGGGCGAUAUGCCUCGUCGUCUGCAAGACAAAACACGCAGCUCCUUUCUUAAGACUGACUGAUUUCGGUCCCCUCUUGGAGCCACUAGAGUUUGCAUCAAAGCUUCUAGCUGGACUAGAUGCUGCCAUCAAAGCAGACUUGGAACCUAACCGCAUCGUUAAGAUCCAGAUCCUAGCACUGAUGCACCUGCAUAACGACGGAUUAGCCGGCGUGGAUCGCGCGUCCAGUUAUCUGUCGCAGGCGAUAUGCGAAGCAUGGUCAAUGUGCAUACACCUGAAGAUACCUGGCAACCCUGACAACGACGAAUGCAAGUAUCUAUGGUGGUCACUCCGGAACUUUGACCGCCUUGGUAAACCAAUCAUGGCAGCGGCACCCUUCUUUAUCGACGACGCAGAUAUCGGUGUUGAACGUAUAGAACCGAAGAGAGACGACUAUCGCUCCCAAAUCAUGGCCGUCUCUCUCGCUCUUGGAGACCUCAUGACUACCGCGACUAGAGCUUACAAAGCUGGCGCUACAACGGCGGUCGAUAGUUGCUGGGAGUUUCCUUUGCUAUCAGAAAUUACGGGUGGGAGUAAUUUCCAUCAGUUCCACAUGUCGCAUCGAGGUAAGACACUUGCCGACUUGACUUUUCAAUCUACUUAA